GCCGCCUCCCGAGUCUUUUCUUGACGACUUUUAUGCCUCAUCUUCGCGGGCGGGGGCGUUUCAGCCAAUCAGCGCGCGCCGCCGCUGACUGUUGCCAGGCAGAUUAUGCUAAUGAGGUCCGGGCGGCCGCCCCCCCUCCCGCUCUGCAGCUACCAUUGUGAGGUGAGGACAGGUGGGGGGGUUCGGGGCCGCAGCGGGGCCGGCGGCGGCGGCCGGGACGCGGCAACCGCACGGGACCCCCUCAGCCAUGUUACUGAAGAUCCCCUUGUCUUCUGGAAGUAGAAGCACAGUGAAGAGAUGAAUCUAUUCAGCCAGACAUUCCUCCAGUAGUUAUUUCCCAUCGUGGAGCACCACGGCAGGGAGGAGAUGGACUCGAAAGAAGAAAGUCCUCAGGUGUGGCCUGACUCUGCUGAGCAGGACCAGAAUGCUGCUCAGGUGCACUUUGUCCCAGAAGCAGGGACAGUGGCACAGAUUGUGUACAGCGAGGAGCAGGAGCGUCCCUCCCAGCAGGUGGUGUACACAGCAGAUGGCACCUCGUACACCUCCGUGGACACGUCGGAGCACACGCUGGUUUACAUCCAUCCCGUGGAAGCUACGCAGACUCUGUUUACAGAUCCGUCCCAAGUGGCUUAUGUCCAGCAGGAUGCCACCACGCAGCAGGUAACUGUGCUCUUGCCUGCUGCUGCUCAGAGCAUGAAUCCCACCAACCUGUCUGUGCUCGGCAGCGUUGCUGAAUCCCCCCAGCAAAUGGCUCUGGAGCAGGGUCAACAAGCAGAUAGAGCAUCGUUACCGGUGCAUAACCAGGUGUUACCUCCUAUGGAGGCAGUGGAUGGUUCUGACCCUCUGGCACCGCUGCAGAAUCAGAUGGAAAGGAUGGAAACAAAAGAGGAAGAUGACGAGGAUGAAGAAGACGAUGAAGAUGGGGAAGACACUGACAUGGAUGAAUGGGAUCCAGAUCCACCUCGACCAUUUGAUCCCAAUGAUCUGUGGUGUGAAGAGUGUAAUAAUGCACAUCCCUCCGUGUGUCCAAAACAUGGACCUUUGCAUCCAAUCCCAAACCGGCCUGUGCUGACCAAGGCAAGAGCCAGCCUCCCCUUGGUGCUCUACAUAGACAGGUUUUUGGGAGGUGUCUUCUCCAAAAGGCGUAUCCCCAAGCGCACACAAUUUGGACCUGUAGAAGGACCCCUGGUUAGACAAACUGAGCUCAAAGACUGCUAUAUCCAUCUGAAGGUGUCUCUUGAUAAAGGUGACAGAAAAGACAGGGAUUUGCAAGAGGACCUGUGGUUUGAACUUUCUAGUGAGGCUCUUUGUAACUGGAUGAUGUUUGUGCGUCCAGCUCAAAACCAUUUGGAGCAGAACCUGGUUGCUUAUCAGUAUGGCCACCACAUUUAUUACACAACCAUUAAAAACGUGGAGCCCAAACAGGAACUCAAGGUGUGGUACGCUGCCUCUUACGCGGAGUUUGUGAACCAGAAGAUCCAUGACAUAUCUGAGGAGGAACGCAAGGUUCUCAGAGAGCAGGAGAAGAACUGGCCGUGUUAUGAGUGCAACCGUCGUUUCAUGAGCUCAGAGCAACUUCAGCAGCACCUCAACUCCCAUGAUGAGAAGCUGGACUUCUUCAGCAGAGCCAGAGGAAGAGGUCGUGGGCGAGGAAAAAGGAGGUUUGGGCCAGGCAGGCGCCCGGGACGCCCUCCCAAAUUCAUGCGUAUGGAAGUAACCAUUGAAAAUGGAGAAAAGUGUGAAGAAGGAACACAGGACUUGCUGCAUUUUUCCAGCAAGGGGCAGUUUGAUGAGGCCAGACAAGCAACACUGAAUGGGCUGGAGCAGCAGGAACAGACUCCAGUGCCAUCAGAGACACAGUCGACACUGGAACAGCAGUCAGAAAAUCACCCACUACAGAUCCAGCCCCAGCACGAUGAGAGCGCGGUGCCUACGCAGAGCACCAUGACAGCAGAUGACAUGAGGCGAGCAAAGCGCAUCAGGAAUGCAGCUCUUCAGCACCUGUUCAUAAGGAAAUCCUUCCGCCCAUUCAAAUGCCUCCAGUGUGGGAAGGCAUUCCGGGAAAAGGACAAACUGGAUCAGCAUUUGAGGUUCCAUGGCCGGGAAGGGAACUGCCCUUUGACUUGUGACAUUUGCAACAAGGGCUUUAUCAACAGUGGUUCUCUCGAGAGCCACAUGAAGUUCCACAUGGACCAGAAAACCUAUUCCUGCAUUUUCUGUCCUGAGUCCUUUGACCGUUUGGAUUUACUCAAAGAUCACGUGGUCAUUCAUGUCAUUGAUGGCUAUUUCACCUGUCCUACCUGCAAAAAGCGCUUUCCAGACUUCAUCCAGGUCAAGAAACACGUCCGCAGUUUCCACUCAGAAAAGAUUUAUCAGUGCACAGAGUGUGACAAGGCUUUCUGCCGCCCUGACAAGCUGCGGCUCCACAUGUUGCGGCACUCGGACCGCAAAGACUUCCUGUGCUCCACGUGUGGCAAGCAGUUCAAGAGGAAAGACAAAUUGCGAGAGCACAUGCAGAGGAUGCACAACCCAGAGAGGGAGGCCAAGAAAGCUGACCGAAUCAGCCGCUCAAAAACUUUCAAGCCUCGGAUCGCUUCCACUGACUACGAGAGCUUCAUGUUCAAGUGCCGGCUGUGCAUGAUGGGCUUCCGCCGCAGGGGGAUGUUGGUGAAUCAUUUAUCAAAGAGACAUCCAGACAUGAAAAUAGAAGAGGUGCCAGAGCUCACGUUGCCCAUCAUCAAACCCAACAGAGAUUAUUUCUGUCAAUACUGUGAUAAGGUGUACAAGAGUGCCAGCAAACGCAAAGCACAUAUCCUGAAGAACCAUCCUGGUGCUGAGCUACCUCCAAGCAUCCGGAAACUGCGCCCUGCAGGCCCAGGAGAGCCAGAUCCCAUGCUGAGCACCCACACCCAGCUGACAGGCACUAUAGCCACCCCUCCAGUCUGCUGUCCUCACUGUUCCAAACAGUACAGCAGUAAGACAAAGAUGGUACAACACAUUCGCAAGAAGCACCCAGAGUUUGCUCAGCUCCCUAACACUAUACAUGCCCCACUGGCGACAGCUGUCAUCAGUUCCACUCCUGCAGUCCUCACCACUGACAGCACUACUGGAGAGACUGUUGUGACAACAGACUUACUGACACAAGCAAUGACGGAGCUGUCCCAGACCCUCACAACAGACUAUCGAACUCCCCAGGGGGACUACCAGCGAAUCCAGUACAUCCCUGUGUCUCAGUCCACAACUGGCUUGCAGCAGCCUCAGCACAUUCAACUGCAGGUUGUUCAAGUGGCCCAGGCUACCUCACCUCACCAGUCUCAGCACUCCACAGUGGACGUUGGACAGCUUCAUGACCCCCAGACAUAUACCCAGCAUGCCAUCCAGGUGCAGCACAUCCAAGUCACAGAGCCAUCACCCACAGCUCAGUCAUCAUCACAGGUUGGGGGUCAGCCUUUGAGUCCCUCACAACAAUCACAGCAGGAACUCAGCCCCUCGCAGAUGCAGACAGCUGCAUCUACACAAAGCCAAGCCCUCCAGCAGCAGCAAGGAUCUUCAGUCCAGCACACGUAUCUUCCCAGCACGUGGAACUCAUUUCGGAGUUAUUCAUCCGAGAUUCAGAUGAUGACCAUCCCUCAAGGCCAAUAUGUCAUCACAGAGACAGCUGUAGGUACACCUGUCACCACUGUCAACACAGGGCAAGUGAAAGCAGUUACUCAGACUCACUAUGUGAUAUCUGAAGGUCAACCUGAUCUGGAUGUCAAACAGAAUUCCUCACUCUCCAGUGAGGUACAGGUUGGUGUUUCCCAGCCACCAACCCACACUGAUACGCUGGAAUCUCAAACAAGUAAUCAGCAGCAAACAACCCAGUACAUAAUCACUACAACCACCAAUGGAAAUGGGGGCAGUGAAGUGCACAUCACUAAACCAAGAACUUUCUCAGCAGAACACGAAUGAAGAAGCACUGGGGUGUCACCUAUAUUUUUCACCUCCUCUAAAAGCCCAAGUAUAUGGGUAUCCUGGAGCUCAUAUGUUUUAAAGUAUAUGCUCACUUCAGCUAAAAUCCUGGAGCUCGUGUUAAUGCUUUAAGAGGGUUUAAGUCCUCAGUGACCAUGAAGAAUUACCCUCAAAAUCCUUCUGGGAUGCCAUUUUAUGCAGCUUUUAACAAAAAGGACAAGAGGAGAAAUGAAACCUCUGCUUGCCCUGGACUUUUUUGGCAUGUCUGCUGACCCUAAUUUUUUCCUUCUGAGAAGUGUCUCUGGUAGCCAUCUACUAUUUCAAUUGUAAGGGAGUAGCUUGUCCAUCUGAAGGCUGAUUGGCAGGUUAUGUUGUAUGUGUAUUUGUAAUAGGAGCUGUUAAACAACAGGACAUCAUGUGAAUUGCUGGAAUAUGGCAGAACUGCUUUCUCUGUCUUUGUUUCAGCAGGCAAGGUGAAAGGGAAUAUAAGCUUGAGAGCAGACUUCCUGGAGAAAAAGAGCAGCAGUGAAGGGGUGACUCUUGCGUAUGUGUGGGGAUGGAUAUUGCAAUGAAGCUGUGACGACGUGCAGAAGCAGUCCAUUAAAUUAUUAUUUUUCCAACCCUCAAACUGUUUACAUGCUGUCUCGCCUAUCCUCCUUUACCAAGCAGUUCCAGAAAAAGGAAAAGUGCAGCCUUACGUUCGGAAUAAAACAAUAGCAGCACGUAACAGUAGUACGGAGCCACUGUUGUUGUUUUUCCCUCCAGAGUUUGCAGGGGAAAACACCUUUUUGCCCGUAAACAAAAAAGGCUUACCUUAGCCUGCACAGCAGCUUCUGCUGUGAUCUCUAACAAUAGAUCUGCCAGGAGAAAUGGCUAUAGAAGCACAUCUGAAAAUGCAGGGUAGUCAUCUCUGUUGCCACCUCAAAGUUGGAUGCAUCUUUCUCUUGAAGACUGGAUGAAGAGUUGGUUAUGCUGGUUUUCCAAAUACCUUGUUAACAACACACUAAUUCCUUUGGACAGUUUCUUAAAAUGACCAGCCAUGGACUCAGAAAACACAAGAAAAAUACCAGUGGACCACUAUUUACAGGACACAGAAAGCCAUCUGCGAGAGUUGCCUGCUUUGCUAGACCUGGUCUAUGUACAGAACUCAUGUUGUGUCUAGGGACCAGGUGAGAGGGAAAGGUGUUUUUUUUUCUUUUAAGGCAGUGUAUUUUUUUCUUACAUAUUUUUCCUUCACAGGUCGUGCUGGUUGGUUAUUUAAUGCUUUUUGGUAUUUGCGAAAGUAUGAUUACAACACCAUAUACUGUUGAUGGGCUGUACUGCAUAUGUCUAAAUGUUCAUUCAUUCUGCUUGAAAUCAUCCCAGAAUGUCAGUGCAUAACAGGAUAAACUUAUUUAUAAAAUUGAAAGCAGAGAAGUUCUGUCUUAAUGGCCCUUGAGAAAGGCCAGAAGAACUAAGAGAGGAUCUCAGUUUAAAAUUUUUCUCUUACGCUGCAUUGAGUGCAAAUCUGGAACUCUGGUGUAAUUACUUCUACAGAUUGAGAUGAAGUUGAAUCAUGUGAGUAGUGUUAUACAUGUAUACAGGUUGUGGUGCCAGGCCUUACGGAGGCAAAGCUCUUAGAUAUGAGAGAACUUAACGCUCAGACUUGGAAAGCAGAUGUCUUGUUACUUGCUGGCAAAGCCUUGUAGCAUGUAUUCCCUUGGUAAAUAACAUAUCUAUCAAUAUGGCGUGGAAAUAGUGACUGUGCAUGAUGAGAAAUCCUGAUUAAAAUACUGGCCAGUCCAGAACUGUUUCAAGGUAGCUUUGAAGUGAUUUGCCAAAGUGUAGAUGAAUUUGUGCCUGGGAUUUCACUUCUCCUAUUGCAGCCACAAUAGUGGGGCAUUAACUAAUUGGGGCAUUAAUGAGAUUGAUAAGUAGUUGAAGACCUGAGCUCCCAUUUAGUCAGGUACAGUGAUGAGUCUUUCGGUUCGGUGCAUUUGGGAGCUCAUCUACUUCAGCAGUGCAGCCAAGCAGCUGUGAUUCCCCUUGAUUCAUUUGAAAUCAUGUUGCUGAGCACUUUUUAAAUAACUGGCCAUAGCAGUGUUUGUAUGGGAGAAUGGAAAGAAGCUCUUCAUACUGGCUUUGCCUCACAGUGUCCUUUUUUAGGAAAGGGUCUGCUGUAUGGUCAACACAAGUCAAACAUGGUAUGAGCAGUAGAAAAGUAGAAGACUUGGAAAUUAUUUAAUUGCAAAUGGAUGCUGCUCUACAGGAGCAUUUUUAAAGUCUUAAAGCCUGAAAUCUUUGGUAUCAAACUUUGUCUUUAAUGAUUUUGCAAAUGUGAAAUUAAAAAAAAAAAAAAAACAACUUUGCUUUAUUCAACUUUGGGAAAGGUCACAGAAUGAGGAAGCUUGCUCUUGUACCAGUUCUUUUUAAAGCUGAGAAGUGCAAAGUGUUCCAGAAAACAGUUGUAAAAUGGCAUCUUUGAACUCAUACCUGCUUUAUUGCAAUUUCUGCUCUGUCCCACAGCAAUAGCAGUGUACUCAAGCCAUCAGCUUGACACCAGCAUUAAGUGAUUCAUCGUGUCCUCAGUCAAACUGAUGCUUUGUAGAGGGAGAAGCAUGUCUGGAAAUCAAGUAGUGUGAAUUUUCAUUCCAAAGUAAUUAAGUACAGUGACUUCCCAGAGCGUGGGGGGAAAGCUGAACAGCUCUGCAGAGCAGUUGUGCUGCAGGGCAAGCCAUUAAAGAGAAAGAAGACAAAGGCAACAGUUUGCAUGGAUUUUUUCCAACUUCUGCAGUGCAGAAGACGUGGGAUUUAUAAUUGUUUUUUAACCAGAGCCACCCCAGAGAUCUGUCUUUUAAAACAGCGUCCUCCUGGAGCUCAACUCUGCAGCACUGCUAUCUGCUCAAAGAUGGGAAUUGCCAUGGGCUCUGCGUGGGCUCAUGCUUUUCUGUGUGGUGUUCUGGGUCAGAUUCUAUUGUGGUUUUGUUUUUGUUCUCCACUACCCCCCCUAAAAAAA